AUGCACUUCAAAAAUUACCUUCAAAAAAGAAGUACGCUAAUUUCAAUGAUGGAAAUGAUAAUUAAGUGGAGGUGUGAUGUUUCUGUCAAAAUACUUAAAGCCUUAUGUUAUGAAUAUAAUGAAAGAAAUGCCAAUAAAUUUUAUAGUGAUGAUAGUGAUUACCUGUACUUUUGGUUAGGUGAUUUAUUAGAUAGAAAUUCCUUAUACACUGUUAUGGGAACACUUAAUUUUUUGCUAAAAAAUAAUUCUCAUCGGAGUAUAUGUAAUUAUGAUAAGUAUGAUAAAUAUCAUAUAACUUACCUUAAUUUUAUGGACAUUAAAACAUUGUUUGAUUUUUCGAAAGAUUAUGAGACACUUAAACCAUAUUUUCUCAAACCUAAUAAAUCUUGUAAUCAUUCUUUUGAGAUAUAUCUUGAUGAAUGUGUCACAAAAUAUAACUCUUAUAAGAACAGGAAUAAUGAUUUAAAUUGUAACGAUGACAUUUGCAAUCCUUUUAAUGAUUAUUUUAAUGGUAAGAAUAAUAUGGACUUAAAUAAUUGGAAAUGCAAUUCAGUACAUAAUGCAGAUAGUUUAGGAACAGGACAACGAAAUCUUGAAGUUGUAUCACAAUCACUUGCGCAAGAGGAAUCACAUGGUUUAGAGGAAGAGGUAGUCACACAACAGGUUGUAUGUGGAACACGGGAACAGGAAAAUGCAUAUGAGAUUGUAAAUGAAGCAGAGGACCAAGGAAAUUUUCCUGAGAGUGUACAUAUGAAACAGGUUAAGGGAGAUGCAGAAGUAAGUCCUCAAGUAAGAACGACACAGGAAAAUUUAAAUCAACAGGGAUCUAUGACUUCAAAUGGACAAAUAUCAGCAUAUAAACAUAACAAUGAUUCUGCUAAUAGCAUUAGAGAUUCAGAAUUUGGUGCAUUUUCUGAUUUUUUACAUAAUCCUUCAACUUCUUCAUCCUCAAAAAGCAUGGUUAUUGCUUCAUUAGUUAUAGGAAUUAUAGUUUUAUCUAUAAUACUGGGCAAAAAACGUAAUAUUAUAAUGAAUAAGAAUAUAAAAGAUGAUUAUACAAUGCCAGAAGACUUAUAUUCAAGGAGAAGUUUUAAUGUAACAUACAGUAAUAUAUAUUACUUCUGA